UCUCUCUAUUGCCUUCUCUUUUCUCAUUUCACUUCAAUUUCAUCUCUCUCUCUCUCUCUCUCUCUCAACGAAGAAAAUGGCUGCAAAAGGGAAGGAUCUUAGCCAACAGCUCGAGGAACUCAUCAGCUCCUUGCAAGAACAAGGCAUUUUGACCGACUACUUUGACGACAUAAAAGAGUUACAAGAUGAAAUCAACCCUCGCUUCGUUGACGAAAUUAUCACCAUCUUCCUUCGUGUAGCUGAAGAUUACAGAGCCGAACUCACAAGAAAUCUUAAUGCAUGUGGCCUGGUUUCCCUUGCCUGUCAAGAGCUCGUUGAUGCAAGUGAAGCAAAUAACCAAGAAGGGUGCCUUGUAGCUCUAGAAAAUGUCAACCAUGAAUAUCUUGUCGCCAAAGAGAAUUUGAAUCGCAUUGUUGGGAUGGAAUGUGAAAUUUAUGACAUGAGGCUGUGCCGUAAGCAACCUGAGUAGAGAGAGUUCUUAUUAUAUAAGAGUCAUCGACUCCAGAAAAUCGUGAUAUUUUCUUCAUGUUGGCCAUGUAAUAAGUU